CUUCUCUCCUUGGAACCGGAAGAGGGCCUAGCAGGUUUGCCAGAGAGGUGUUUACUCCUUUGUGUUCCCCAAGAACCACUCUUUCCCUGACACCGUGUCCCAAAAUCGAAAGAUUCCGGUAACCAGAAAGGUUCUCCCUUGUGUCGUGUACCUACGAGACAGCGAUCAGUGUCGCCGAUCGAAAAGGUGAUCCUCUUUCUGUGAAACGUAAACGUCACCGCGAUCCUCCCGCGACAGUGUGUGCCGUGCAUCGGAAAGUACUCGGAGCCGAUGGGAGGCUGCAUACGUCGGAUCGCAGGGAUGAUCAGUGCCUGGAGAACACUCGACGCGCUCGGUUGCUGAAUUCCCAGCGAAUAAUUCGUCCCAUCGAGCCAGUACCCGACGAACAUCGCCGCGUAAUCGCGGCAGGAACGCGCGACGCGGUGUUCCAGGCCUCCGGAGUUGGGCGCAUCAUGCUCCGCUGCUCGAAAGCGCCACUCGAACCUCGAGAUCCGCGGUAUCGAUCCGCCGAUCGCCGAUAAAUACACUGGUCAAGCUUGUGCGUGACAGGUGCGCGUAAAAACGCGUCGAGAAGGAACAAAGAAAUUGCGACUGUUGAGCAGGGAAGAAAUUGCACUGCCAUUGAUCAACGAUAAUUGCAAGGAGUCGAGGAUUUUUAGUUACACUUUUGGGGACGCAGCAGGUUCUGCAUAAUACUAGCAUUGAUUAAUUGUUGUAAGGCCGGGAGGAGAGAACGAGGCAGAGAACAGUGGAACGGAGUUGAAGAUUUUGAGUUCCACUUUUGGAGACACUUUAUAGGUCCUGAUACUAAUUGUUUGUCAUAAGCAGGAAGAGAGAGGAUCAGAACAGUGGGACAGAGUUAGGAAUUUUGAAUCCUACUUUUCAAAACUGUAGAUUCUGCAUGCCGCCAUUAAUUAAUUGCCAUUAAGCUAGUGCGAGGAGAAAGAGGAUAGUGGAACACAGUUUUUGAGUUCCACUUUUGAAGACACUGACACAAAACACCAGAAGACAGUUAAUGACGUCGAAUCGCACUUUUGUAUCCCAAAAUAAUUACCAACUAUUAAUUCUCACGAAGGAAAGAAGAGAAGAAGCAUAAAGGAUAACAAAUUCCGCGUUUGAAGCCAGAUUCCGCAUAUCGGUGAAUAUUUAACAGCGAUUACAUUGGCAAGGACAGCCGGGUGGAGAAAAAGGAACACAGGGGAACGAAAUUAAAGCGCGCGAGUCGCUCGCCGAGGCGCGAAUGAUUUGUAGGUCGGAUAUUUCGAAAAUUGCGGCCGCCGGCUGCCAGAGGAAGUUUCCGAGAGCGAUUCCAAGAGGGACGAGAUCGAUCGUGGAAUCGAACGCGGUCUUUCCGUUUCCCUUUUCCAGUCUGUGCCCUCGCACGCGGGCCCUCGUCGCGAGCGAGCAGUAAUUACACGCCGUGUCGAGAAGUUACUGCCGUCGACCCUCCCACCUUGGUGCACGUGAGGCUCUCGGAAGUGUACAGUUCUUAAAAUCUGCAUUUUAUAAUAUCUCACUUCUCGGUAUAAAUACACUACGUGGUUCAAACCGUAGGAGAGCGAGGAGAAAUAGGAGGCGUUAAUAAAAAGGAGGCGGAAAGUAAAAGGAGGAGGUAUUUAAAAUUCAAUCGAGGUGGGUGCAAUUAUGAUAUAAGGCAGGUUCGGUGCGAAAAAAAUUGUUUGGAUAGAUUCAUUAGUCAUUUGAUGGAGCAUGCAGUGUUUUUAAACACCUUUAUUGAGAUAUUGAAUCUUGGGCAUCUCUUCGAAUGUUGAUGCAGGGGAAGAUUGAAUAAUCAUAUUCAAAAGAUUUGGAGAUAUCAAGGCAGGUCCUGGAAACCUUCAUCUGAAUAUUGAGUAUUAAGGAUAUUAAGGAUCCUGCUCCAAGUCUUCGAAUACGAAUUCUGAUCCAAGAAAAGAUUUAGAAUUAUCAGGGCAAUUAUAUUUUGCCGAGGAUGCAGUGAUGUAAAAAGGCCUAGAAACCUUCAUCUGAAUAUUAAAUAUUAAGGAUAUUAAGAAUCUCAAAUUCGAUAGGGGUGCGAAAGUACAAUCCUGCUCCAAGUCGUCGAGUACGAACUCUGAUCCAAGAAUAAAUUUGGAGAUAUCAGGGCAGUGAAAGAGCACAGGUCCUGGAAAUCUUCAUCUGAAUAUUAAUUGUCAAGGAUAUUAAGGAUCACGAAUUCGAUAGGGAUGCGAAAUCCUGCUCCAAGUGCUCGAGUACGAACUCUCUAAUAAAAAAUUUGCGCGAACGUGCCGAAGUCAAUUGCAGAUACGCCCCGGCAGUGCACUUUACUUCUCUAAGAAUAUAUGCAGCGGUGUGAAGAGGGUAUUCAAGCACUUCCACCGGGAUAUUGAAUUUCGAGGAAUCGAGUGUCACGAUUCGUUUGCCAAAGAAGGUUCCUUCGUCGUCGCGUGAGAUAUACAUCUUCGUCCGAGUUCCGGGUCGACAGAACGGUCCCGCGGAACCGGAACGGGCUGUGAAAGUGCGUGCAGAUUACGCGACAUAGACGAGAUCGAUCGGCCGCGAGGAGUGGCCGCCGAGAGUUCCUCGGGAGUGAUAAAUAAAAGGUGCGCCCUGUCGAGGACGAAGAAUCGUAACCGGGAGUGAAACCGAGCCUGGGUGCUCGCCGUUUUCCGAUCCAUCCGCGAGAGCUACUCGUUUCGUAUUUCAUUGUCUUCCCUCCCGCGCAACCCAGUGUUUCGCGUCAAAGGCGAUUCACGCCGCUCCCGAUUCCGCGUUUGCACGGCCGCAAGACAGAGGAAACCCGAUCUACGCGAAGGAGUUCCAUGGAAUAGCGACGCAACAAUGAUCAGGAUGAAGUUUUUUCGACUUGUUCUGGCACUCCUAGGAGGCACCCAUGUUCUGUGCGCGCAACCCUCAGCUUUGCCUACAGUGAGGAGCUUCGGUGGUUCCAGCCUGGCGAGCGUGGUCGCCGGAAGCAUGCCGACGAAAUCUUUCAAUAAACCUUACUUCGAAGACUUCUCGCCGCGAAACGUCACCGCCAUCGUUGGACAAACAGCGGAAUUGAAUUGCUUCGUAAAGGAUCCUGGGGACAGAGUGGUGUCCUGGAUACGUAAAAGGGAUUUACACAUACUCACCUCGUCCAUCUACGCGUACACGGGAGACGAAAGAUUUUCCGUGAAGCACCCGGAAACAUCCAACGAAUGGACGUUGAAGAUCGCUUACGUCCAGGAACGUGACGCCGGGGUUUACGAAUGCCAGGUUAACACCGAGCCCAAAAUGAAUUUAGCCUUCGUGUUGAGAGUCGAAGAAAGUGCCCCUGUCCCCGCCACCACCACACCGAACGCCAUUCACCGGACGUUCAACUCAGCCGCUCAGGCGAGAAUCCUCGGUCCGGAAGACGUCUACGUGAAGAAGGGCAGCACGAUAAGCCUCACGUGCACCGUUAAUGUGCAAAGACCACCGCCCAGCAGCGUUUCGUGGCAUCACGGAGGGGCCGUGGUGGAUUUCGACAGUCCCAGGGGCGGGGUUUCCUUGGAGACGGAGAAGACGGAAAACGGCACGACGAGCAAACUCCUGGUGACACAAGCCAGAUUGACCGACAGCGGAAAUUACACCUGCAUUCCCAGCAACGCGAAUCCAGCCAGCGUAACGGUCCACGUGCUGAAUGGCGAGCAUCCAGCGGCCAUGCAACACGGCGGAAGCUGCGGCGUGACGCCCACCAUACUCCUGGCGACCGUGACGCUCUUAAUCGCGAACCUGCUAAGGUGAGCAGUCUCGUUGUGAACCGUGACGACUCCGAGAACCGGAAGUCGAACGUUUCGUGAAGCAGAGGCGCGCAUCGGUGGUCGUUGAGUGUGAAACCGCGAUUGCGACGCGAGAACGCGCUCCCUUACGUCCCACGAACUGCGGAUCGGUAAUAAGGGUGAACAGUAAAAUGAAAGAACAAAGAGAAAACACAGAAAAAAACAUCACCCACGACUCUGAUAAAUCAAUCCAAUUCGCGCCGCGGACAGUGAAAUUUAGAACAAGUCUAAUAAAAAUAAAGGAUCGUGGACAAAGUGCAACGAAUCGACCUGUGGUGCGAAAGUGAAGUACGAUUCUUGUGCUCACUGUAGAAAUUUUUCUCGCGUAAUCGCACGCUGUUCUCCGACUUCGCUGGUCCCUUGAGUUAUCAUUGGUCCUUGUACUCAUCGACACGCGUCGAUUUUUGACUCGUGUUCGCGGCCAUCUCGGCGACCUUGUGGAUCCGAAGUUCGAUCUUCUAUGGACUAGUGAAAAAUGAGACCAUUGCUAGAGGGAAUUCGAACGAGUGGACGUUUCGAAGGGGUGAAUCCAAAGGCAAUGCCAGGGCGAUGGAAUCGACGGAGAACGCGGAGUUGCGAGGCUCGUCGUUCGACAUUGGACUGUCGAUAGUUGCCAUUGAACGGUGUCAUGUAGGUAGCGUAAGUUCUCCUGUACAUAAAAGAUGAAACGGGCGUUAAGCGAUAGGGUUCGUCGACCUCGAUUUGUACAGCACAACAUACGAGGAUCGCGGAUCUGGGCUACUUUUGUAUAUAAAACUCGCGCGAGGGUGGUGGUUGAUCAAAGAGGACCGUCAAACGGGGUGGCUUGUGAUUGUUGAUAGAAAAUUGUAUAAAUUUUUGUCUGGAAUUUUUAAUUUGACAUUUUAAUCGCAGAUAUACUGCCAUACCUCUGUGUCUAUCGAAGAGUUUAAAUUAAAUGGUAGGUUUGAUCCAAGUGUAUGUUUGUAUAAAUAUGUUGAUGUAUGUAUAAGUAUAUACAUGUAUAAGCGUACUCGUAUACAUAUUUAUAAUGAAAAAUUCAUCUGGUAGUAUCAAAACUAUUGUGCAAUUUAAUCAUAAUUCUUCAAUAGA